UGAAUGAGUGAUCAGAGGAGACCUGAACAAUGCAAUGCAAAAGAAACCCCAACAGGUGAUUAAUCUGAUGAUGGAGCUAAGCAAAGUUGCUGUGAUCGGAGCGCCAGCAGUGGUGGUGUAAUCGGCCCAGCCCACCACGUGCCACUGCCGGAUGGGCCAGCCCUUCUCCAUCUACCAGGCAUACGAAGAGGACAGGACAGGACGGAGCAGUAAAAACGGGCACCCACCACUGCCUGCCAUCCUUCCUUCCCCUUCCUCUUCACCACGGCAAGGCAAGCCUCCUCCCCUGUACUGUACUGCUCGCUACACCAAGCGGAGGAGGAGGCAGGGAGGAAUCACGCGCCUGGCUCAGAUUUCAGUGCACUGCAGUGUGAUCGCCCCCCUGUUCCUCCUCUUCCGACGACGACGAUUUCAAUCAAGUAUCGGUACAAUGGUGAAGAGCAAAUCCUUGUGGAGCCAGGUUGUGAAAAGUACCAGGCCCACAAACCUGUCCAUUUCUGCAAGAAACCUCCAACCAAAAGAUCUUGGAGCUGUCAUAUUUGGUUGCACAAACAAUACCAUUGCAGAGUGUCACUCACGGCAACUUUUCGGCUUGCCAAGAGCACAUAUCUCCUAUGUACGAAACAUUAAGGAAGGACUACCUCUCUUCCUAUUCAAUUAUGAUGAUCGCAAAUUGUAUGGUAUAUAUGAAGCUGCAGGCAGUGGUAAGUUCUGUCCUGAAUCAAAUGCAUGGUCAAAUGAUGGCCAGGGAAAGACAAGCUUUCCUGCCCAGGUUGCGAUGCGGGUAAGCGUGUGGUGUUUUCCGCUAGCAGAGAAUCAGUUCAGAAAUGCUAUUGUAGCCAACUACUAUCAGAACACGCCCAGUGUCCCUGGCCAGAAGCUUCAUUUUUUUCAGUUUGAAUUGGAUCAUGCUCAGACACGUGUUUUGAUAGAUAUGUUUACUCCAUCACCUCCUCCCAACAAUUUCUGGAUGCCCCUUGUUGCAGCACCAGCUGAUGAGCAUGUGAGAGAGUUAGUAUCGUCACCUGUACGGACACCAAAGCAUGAAGGGAAGGUCAAACCAGAAAAGGCACCUGUACGGACACCAAAGCAUGAAGGGAAGGUCAAACCAGAAAAGGUUGUAAAGUCAUAUGCAGACAUGGUAAAGAAGAACAAAUUUGAGGAAGUUGUGAAAGGAGAUGUGGACGAGGAACAUGCGAGCUCAGAUAAUGAAUCUUCUAAUGGUUUUGACGAUCUGGAUUGUGGAGAGACACCAACGGAGAGAGAAGAGUUUGCACUGUCAGAUCAGGCGGGUGAAAUUAAAAAGCAACAACACUCUGAUAAGAAGACAAAAGUGCUUAGCUUCAACCAUGUGUUAGAAGGGCAUGCAGCUUUGCCUGUGCAGCAGUGGAGUCCUUAUUUGUAUGCCAAUGCUACUGAGACUGAAGGCAAUGAUGCAUAUAGCUGCAAGUAUGCCCAGGAGGUCAAAUGCGCAAUUCUGGAUGGACACUCUAAUUUGCCAGAAACCUUAGAUGUUGAAGCUAAUCAGCUCUCCAUGGGGCAUUCUAAUUUGCUGGUGCAACUAUUAGAGUCUGAAUCAUGUACAGAAGCCAAGAUGAUAGAUGUAGUUAAGGAGUUAUCUGGGCGCAUAGAGCUGAUGGAGAAGAAGCAGGCUUGGUCCAACAAAGAAGUCAAAUACUUACAAGGGAUGAAUGAGAGGUUACUGAAAAGAAUUGUUGAACUAAAGGGCACAGUGAAGACAUUGAAUUCAAAAAUAGACCCUUUAACCCUAGAUGAUUCACUUAACCAGUUUGUUGAACAAUGUUUGGGCUCAGAAGAUGUCAUUUAUCUAGUUGGUGGUUUUGAUGGCCUCUCAUUUCUGCCGUCACUAGACUCCUUUUCCCCUUCUUUGGAUAUACUAACACCUCUCAAACCAAUGCCUAUUGGGAAGUCAUAUGCUUCAACUGUUGCAUUAGACGGCAAGAUAUUUGUUCUUGGUGGUGGUGAUGGUGCUUGCUGGUUUGAUACAGUUGACUGUUAUGACCGAAGCCGUGAUGAUUGGACCACAUGCCCAUCAUUGACUCAUGACAAGGGGAGCCUUGCUGGGGUUAGUGUUAAUGGGAGAAUCUAUGCUUUUGGUGGUGGAGAUGGAAGUCAAUGUUUCUCUGACGUUGAGAUAUUUGAUCCUACUCAUGGAAAGUGGAUAAAGAAUCAGCCUAUGCUGGAAAAGCGCUUUGCUCUAGCUGGUGUAGCACUUAAUGGUGUCAUUUAUGCAGUUGGUGGCUUCAACGGUGCUCAAUAUCUGAGCUCUGCUGAGAGGCUUGAUCCUCGAGAACCUAACUGGAAAAUGCUCCCAAUGAUGAGUGCAGGAAGGGGCUGUCAUACGCUUGCAGUGCUUAAUGAGAAGAUAUUCUCGAUUGGUGGUUAUGAUACUGGGGCUAAAGCAAUGGUAGCUACCGUUGAGGUGUACGAGCCAAGGAUGCCUUUAUGGGUGAUGGUUGAACCCAUGAGCUACACCAGAGGAUACCAUUCUUCAGCUGUGCUUGGUGGCUCGAUAUUCACAUUUGGCGGGGUGAAAGGUGAAGGAGAUACAAUCUUGGAUGUGGUGGAGCGCUACAAGGAAGGUUGUGGCUGGUUGACUACUGAUCUGAAGUCCAUUGGCAGGAGAUGCUACUGCUCCGCCAUUGUUCUCUGACCGUCUAGAAGUAUAUUGACAUGAUGAACUGACGUAGCUUAUGACAAUCAAGUGACCAGGAAACAGAUAUUAGUUAAGACUUAGAAGUCUCUUCCUUAGGCUGAACUGACAGCUGUAGACAAUGUGAAACUCUUCCUGCUCUUGUUCCUGAAUCGGAGAUGUGUUGUAAAACUUUUGAGUUGUUUGUGUUAUCUGGAUGGAUGAUGCAGCAACAUGACACGGGAUGCGAAUCUGAAUUGGUACUAAAAUCAAUGGAUGG